UGUAGCAUCACGAUCCACUUCCACUCCGCCAGGUCUUGUAGCCAGGACGCAGUGCAUUGUGGGACGUAGGCUGACGGUGAAGUCAAGAUGGCUGUGGACCUGAAGCAGGGUGAAGAGCCUGCAGUAGAGAGGCCGUGAAUGAAGUUUUAUACAGAAAAUCUGUCGUCGCUGCCCGUUCACACUCAGACCGUCGUGCUGGUGAAGUCGUAAUCGACCCGCUCCGGACUCGGCACAUUUACAAACAAGCAGCAGAAUCGCGAACAACUGAGGAUAAAGUCUCGUAUGAAUUCCGACGAGAAGGAGGACUGUGAGUGUGCGCCACCACAGGCCGAGACCAGCCCCGCAGGAGGACCCGAUAGAGAAUACGAGGAGCCUGAAAGAGAAAACCCAGAAGCAAGCCGAAUGAAGCGAGCAGCUGCCAAACAUCUAAUAGAGCGCUAUUACCACCAGUUAACCGAGGGCUGUGGGAAUGAGACAUGCUCCAACUCAUGGUGUGCCUCAUCAGUCGGCUUCAACCGCAUGGACAACAAUGCGGCAGCGGUCAAAGCCCUGGAGCUCUACAAGGUCAAUGCCAAGCUAUGUGACCCCCACCCCUCGAAGAAAGGCACUGCGUCCACCUACCUGGAGAGCAGUGCUCACAGCAACUCAGCCUGCUGCAACAGGAAGAUGAACCAUAAAGAUGUCCACUCUGUACGGGACAAUUUCAAAGAUGUAAAUUACCUGACAGAGGAGAAAGUGUAUGAGAUCUUGGACAUCUGUGGAGAGAAGGAGGAUUACUCUCCCCUGAUCAGGGUAAUAGGUCGGGUGUUCUCUAGCGCUGAGGGCCUGGUGGAGAGCUUCCGUAGAUCCAAGCCUCACACCAAGGAGGAGCUCAAGUCUCUUCAAGGUAAAGAUGAGGAUAAGGACGAGGAUGAGAAGGAGGCUGCUGCCUGCUCUGCGACAGCCAUGGAGGAUGACUCCCCAGCCUCCUCCUCCUCAUCAAGGCUGGGUGAGGGCUCUUCAGAGAAAAACGAUGUCCAAAAGCUGGCCCCUGAUGAGGUCUCAGUGGACAUCGAAGCUGUGCGUCGGGUCUAUGAACGCCUUCUAUCCAAUGAGAAGAUCGAAGCCGCCUUCCUGAAUGCACUGGUCUACCUCUCACCCAAUGUAGAGUGCGACCUGACGUAUCACAAUGUGUAUUCACGAGACCCAAACUACCUUAACCUGUUUGUUAUCGUGAUGGAAAACAGCAACCUCCACAGCCCAGAGUACCUGGAAAUCGCACUCCCACAGUUCUGCAAGGCCAUGGGCAAACUCCCACUGGCAGCUCAGGCUAAGCUAGCACGCUUGUGGUCGCACUACAGCGCCGAGCAGAUCCGACGCAUGGUGGAGACGUUCCAGCAGCUCAUCACCUACAAGGUGAUCAGUAACGAGUUCAACAGCCGCAACCUGGUCAACGAUGACGAUGCAGUGGUGGGGGCCACCAAGUGCUUGAAGAUCGUCUACUAUGCAAAUGUGCUGGGUGGCGACCUCGACAUGGAGCAUAAUGAGGAAGAGGAUGAGGAGCCCAUCCCAGAGUCCAGUGAGCUCACGCUGCAAGAGCUGCUGGGCGAGGAACGGCGGAACAAGAAGGGCCCGCGGGUGGACCCGGUGGAAACGGAGUUGGGAAUCCGCACUAACGAUUGUCGGCGGCCGCUCAUUUCCUUUCAGGAGUUUGUCAAUGAGCCUCUGAACGAGGUGCUGGAGAUGGACAAGGACUACACUUUCUUUAAGGUUGAAACUGAAAACAAGUUCUCCUUCAUGACGUGUCCCUUCAUCCUAAAUGCUGUCACCAAGAACCUGGGCCUGUAUUAUGACAACCGCAUCCGCAUGUACAGUGAGCGGCGUAUUACUGUGCUCUACAGCUUGGUGCAGGGUCAGCAGCUAAACCCCUAUCUGAGGCUCAAAGUGCGCAGGGACCAUAUAAUUGACGAUGCUUUGGUCAGGUUGGAAAUGAUAGCGAUGGAAAAUCCUGCAGACUUGAAGAAGCAGCUGUAUGUGGAGUUCGAAGGAGAGCAAGGUGUUGAUGAAGGAGGCGUUUCCAAAGAGUUUUUCCAGCUGGUGGUGGAGGAAAUUUUCAACCCAGAUAUUGGCAUGUUCACAUACGAUGAGCGCACCAAAAUGUUUUGGUUCAACCCGUCAUCUUUUGAAAACGAGGGCCAGUACACUCUGAUCGGCAUUGUCCUUGGUCUGGCCAUCUAUAACAACUGUAUCCUGGAUGUCCACUUCCCCAUGGUGGUCUACAGGAAGCUGAUGGGCAAGAAAGGAACAUUCAGGGACCUGGCUGAUGCCAACCCGGUUCUGCACCAGAGUCUGAAGGAGCUGCUGGAGUACGAGGGCAGCGUGGAGGAGGACAUGAUGAUCACUUUCCAGAUUUCCCAGACCGACCUGUUUGGGAACCCACUCAUGUAUGAUUUAAGGGAAAACGGGGACAAGAUUCCAGUCACAAAUGAAAACAGAAAGGAGUUUGUGGCGCAGUAUGCAGAGUACAUGCUGAACAAAAGUGUGGAGAAGCAGUUCAAAGCCUUCAGGAGAGGCUUCCACAUGGUCACCAAUGAGUCACCGCUCAAAUACCUCUUCAGGCCAGAAGAAAUCGAGCUGCUCAUCUGUGGAAGCAGGAACCUGGACUUCCUAGCACUUGAAGAAACAACAGAAUACGAUGGCGGUUAUAACAGAGACUCUCGAAUUAUCAAGGAGUUUUGGGAGACAUUGCACUCAUUUGGGGAGGAGCAGAAGCGUCUCUUCCUGCAGUUCACCACUGGCACGGACAGAGCACCUGUGGGUGGGCUGGGCAAGCUGAAGAUGAUUAUUGCCAAGAAUGGUCCUGACACAGACAGGUUACCAACAUCUCACACUUGCUUUAACGUGCUGCUGCUGCCCGAGUACAGCGACAAGGAGAAGCUGCGAGAGAGACUGCUGAAAGCCAUCACCUAUGCCAAAGGGUUUGGCAUGCUCUGAGCCCCUGCUCCACACACUCAGCAAAGGGACUCCUUCUCAGAAAGCCCAUCAAACCCUGCCCCGCCCCUUCCUUUAUCAGACACAAUCCAAAUGGUGACAAAGACCGACAAAGAGUACGUUUCGAGGAAAAGCAAGUCAAUAAUGCGAGAGGAGACAUGGUUCCAAUAGAGCGCUCUGGUAUUUCUACUGUGCCUGCAUCAUCCCUCAUCAGUCAGUGUGAGCACAGACAGAGACCUCCUGAUCAAAGUACCCAUCCCCACAUCCACAUUAAGUGAAUGUGCCGCAGCCUCCCCUUCUUUUUUUUUUCUAUGUACAGAGAGGAUCAGUUUCCUUAUUAUUUAUUUGAAGGCAAAAAUGGGUGAUAUUUUUUUUUUUUUCAUGCCUGCCUGUUUCUUCCCUACUUGUGAAAAGGGAAAGGUUAAUAUUAAACUAUGUAAAUUUAGGAUAAUACAUUAACAAGUCAAUAUCAGACCCCCAUUUAUUGAACAAAAAGCUGUUAGUGUAGCCCUGAACUCAUGUUCACAGAGUGUUGACAGAGGAAAUCUAGUUUUAGAGUAGUCUUGAAUACAAAAUAUUGUAUUCCCCAGUGAAAAGAAGAGCUCUCACUGACCAUUCCACUCACAGCCAUCGCUUAUUCUUUCUACCAAGUCCAUGUUUGAUCAAGGUAAGCAUUUGGAAAAUUUGGUCCAAAAUGGCAUUAUACAAUAGCAAUUUUUCUGGUUUUGUUUUGGGCCUUUUUUUUCUUUUGGGGAGGGGGGAGCGGACACCGCAGGUUAGAUUAAAACCUUGUCAGAGCUGUGUAAGUGCACUUAGACAUUUUCAGAAUGUUUGUUUUUUGGCUACAGGUCGCCAUGAUUGUUUGAAGCAUUUUAUUUCCAUGUCUUCCUGUGUUGACAAUUCUAAAUAAAAUUAAAAAAAACAGUAUUUAUAUAUCAGUGGGGUUGGAGCUAUGAUACCGUAUCGUGCAUGUUCUGGAGGAUGUACACAUGUAAACCAGUCACAGAUGUUCUCAGAAAAAGACGUAGAGCUCUUCUUGUGCCAACCUUCAUACAGUCAGUUUGUAGGUGAAACCCCAGUAAGCACUUUGUGUUGUCUGUUUUUGGCUUAGUCUUGUAUGAGUGGACAGCUCACACUGCAGCCUCUGUUCAGUGUAACUCCAGUGUAUCAUACAGUCAGGAGGAAAUGUCUACAGACCUUUUCAUCGUCACUGACAAGCUUUGCUACCUUGUAAUCUUUAGUCCACUGGACCCAGAUCUCUGGCUUUGGUUACACCUAUCAUUUUAUCACGACACCAACCCAGGUCCCAGUACGGGCUGAAUGGCCCUGUGAUCGGCAGUCUGAGCACAAUCUGAGCAACCUGAAGCCCCCGAUACCUUCCCAUCAGCCCCUCCUUAGCUGUUAGACCCACAAUCUUAAUAUGGAAAGCUGUGGUUCGAUCUGCGCUUAUGAGAGGAGUGGGGAAACAACAUUUUAAGGAACAGUGGCGUUUUGAUUCAUCGCGCUUGGUAACACCAUGAAAUGAGAAGAUGAAUUCUAAUGUUAUCUACUUGAGGCUCUGUAGAACAAGAGGAAAAAACGCUGUCACGUUCAUAUUGUAUAGUUUUAGUUUUAAUGGAUACACAACAGCGAGGGUACCUGUGUCCUCCCUCUGUACUGUUGUGCACAGAGACAACAUUGAUAUUGAUUGUCUUCUGUGACUCCGGGGAGACGGUACCAUGUGGACACAUCACUGUGAUCAGAUUUCAAUUUGGAUCUGUGACAUUCAUUGAGAAUGAAAACAGGUGUAACCACUGUCGAUGAAGAAGUCAUUUUUCUGUGUUUUGUCAACAUGAAUUGGAAUAUCAGCUGUGAAAUCAUCUCUCCCCCCCCCCCCCCCCC